GGGACAGAGCACAGAUGCUACUCAGCAAAUGCUCACUCUGGCCAUCCUGACGGCAUUGUCUCCUGGGGCUUCCGGCAAGGGGGACCUCCAAAGGAUUAAGGGUGACUGGGGAGUUUUCACCAGGGUCCAGGUCCUCCUUCACCUGUGAGGGACCAACAAUGUGGCUGGUGCGGCUUCCAGCUGCAUACAGACCUGUAGUGAGAACUCAGUUCCUGUGGCUGUGAAGGUGACUAAGUCUGUUCUUUGCGACCUUCCUUUUUGCAGGUUUCCUGAGCCAAGUGAAGCUCUGUCUUGGAGAAGCAGGAGUAGAAGGGCCUGCACAUAAUGGCACAGGGGGACCCCCAGGAUGGGUGGGGAGAUGCAUCUCCCCUCUGCAGCUUGACUGGGGAGGCUUAUGACCCCGGGAUGCUGAGCAUCAACUUGGAGAGUGAGAAUGAGGCUCCUGGAAAGGCAGGAGACCAAGGGGCCACUGGUGACCUUGAUCAGCAGGCCCGACCAAGGGGCAGCUCCCAAGUGACCGAGGACAAUCCUGACUUGCUCUGGAAGCAUCCAGCCUGCAGGAAGGAAGAGAAAUUCUCUGGCUCCUUUAGUGCCGCAGGCGUGGGGAAGAAACCCAUGGCACCACCGAGGAAGAAGGCCAGUUGGGAAAGAGAUGCGUCAAAGAUCACCCCAACGGAGGCCUCCCCCAGAGCAAGCAUGACUCCCUGUGCCCUCCCCAGGGGCCUCGCGCGCAAGUGGUUCGGGGAGACGCAACUUCCUAGGGCCUCAUUACCUGCUGGUGAUGAGGGAGACUCAAGGGCAAAUCUGGACGCCACCCUCGGGGUCCCAUCCAACUUCCUUGGUUCUGCAAGGUACUUCCGUGCACAGAAGGAUGGAGACAAGUCCCCAGACAGCUCCUCUGCGGGGGAGUGUGUCCCCAAAGCAGGGGGCAGUUGGGACCUCUCCACACAAGAGACACACACACCAGCCCAGGUGUCGGCUACCCAGGCCCACCGGGCAGCGGAGGAGGCUCUGGCCAAAGCACGGAAGGGCUCUAAGGACCCGAACCCGGCGGGCUCCGGGGAGGGCAGGCAGGGCGAGGCACGUCCCUACAAGUGCCUGCGGGGUGGGAGGGCCGUCCAGAAGUCGCCGGGCGCUAAGCCUUACGCGUGCGAGCUGUGCGGGAAGGCGUACUCCCACCGGGCCACACUCCAGCAGCACCAGCGCCUGCACACAGGCGAGCGGCCUUACCGGUGCCCCUUCUGCGACAAGACCUACACCUGGUCCUCCGAUCACCGCAAGCACAUCCGCACGCACACGGGCGAGAAACCCUACCCGUGCCCGGACUGCGGGAAGGCCUUCGUGCGCUCCUCGGACCUGCGCAAACACCAGCGCAACAUGCACAGCAACGACAAGCCCUUCCCGUGCGCCGAGUGCGGCCUGACCUUCAACAAGCCGCUGUCGCUGCUGCGCCACCAGCGCACGCACCUGGGAGAGAAGCCCUUCCGCUGCCCCACCUGCGAUCGGGAGUUCGCCGUGGCCAGCCGGAUGAUGGAGCACCAGCGCGUGCACUCGGGCGAGCGGCCCUUCCCCUGCCCCACCUGCGGCAAGUGCUUCACCAAAUCCUCCAACCUGCUGGAGCACCAGACGCUGCACACGGGCCAGAGGCCCUUCAAGUGCGCCGACUGCGGCGUGGCCUUCGCGCAGCCCUCGCGCCUGGCGCGCCACCAGCGCAUCCACACGGGCGAGCGGCCCUUUCCUUGCGCGCAGUGUGGCCAGGCCUUCGCGCGCUCCUCCACCCUGAAGCGGCACCAACAGAUCCACUCCGGGGAGAAGGGCUUCCUCUGCGCCGAGUGCGGCCGGGCCUUCCGCGUGGCCUCGGAGCUGGCCCAGCACAUUCGGGUGCACAACGGCGAGAGGCCCUACCAGUGCGCCGACUGCGGCCAGGCCUUCACCCGGUCCAAUCACCUCCGACGACACCGAGCCAAGCACCACAGCUGCAAGAAGGAGCCCGCCACCCCCUCCGACGACGACAAGUGAGGGCGCCUUCGGGGAAGGUGAAGAAGACACGGCAGACCUCGGGUACAGUGACAAAAAAGACGAGCCGCCUCCUGCCCUCAAAGCCAUUGGCAAAUACCGAGAAAGCAUCGGGGCUGAUCCUCUCUAGAGAAAGGUCCUUUUCUGUUUUAACGUGAAUAAAGAAAUCCCCAGAAGCUUGGUCUCCUUGAGGGAAUCCUCCGAAGCAAAAAAGCAUACCUGUGGGGAUGGGAGAGUUAAUCCAAGAGCUUUGUAUAAUAAAGUUUUAUUAAAGU